CAAUCUCACCCAUUCAGUCAGUUGUUGAGCUUUGUCCAGGUGUAGGUAUACGGAUUUUUUAAUCAACCACGAAUCAAACUCAUUGUUCAUUAAGCUCUCUCCGAGCCAAUUUUAAAUCAAUUAAAUUGAUUUAAAUCCGAUUUCAAGAAAUUUUCAGCGAGUUUGAAAAUGAGCAAAUCAAAAAAAUCUGGAGGAAACAGAAGGCGAUCGAUUCCAACCUCAUCAACGUCGCAACAUGAAGACCAUACGAGCCGUGAAACCCUUUGUCUGAAAGAGCUGAAGCUUUUAAUUAAAGAAUCAGACGAGCAAGACUUGGCUGAUUUUGGACCUUUUCUCAAUGAUCGUUUUCUUCUACACUUUGUGCGUGGACGAAAAUUUCGAGCGAAAGAAGCUUUCGCGACGCUUAAAAAUUAUAUAAAAGUUCGAAGAGAUAAAUUCCCAGAAAUCUUUAAACCACUCCAACCUUCAAAAUCCCUCAGACAUAAAAAUAUUGCCAAAAUUUUAAAGAACAAAGACGAUCAAGGCCGUCUUGUAAUCAUCGGGUACACCAAACAUUGGGACCCCAAGACUUGUCCUGCAGAUGAUUUAAUAGGAGAGAUUUCACUCUACAUAGAUGAGCUUAUGAAUAUUGAGGACGUGGAGCGACUGGGCAUCGUUUUAAUUCUAGACUUAUCUGGAUACGGUUUGAAACACGCUAAAAUAGCCACACCCUCUCAAAUGCACAAACUUGUCAGCAUAUUCCAUAGUGCAUGCCCAGUGAGACUGAAGGGUCAGCAUAUAAUCAACGAAAUGUACUUAUUCAGCGUUGUGGCCAAAUCACUGCUGAAACUUCUUCCGCACAAGAUUCAGAAUAGGCUGCAUUUCCACUCAACCAAUAUGGUAUCUCUGCACAAAUUCAUUAACCCUGAUAUUUUACCAAAGUCGUUGGGUGGGAAAUUAUCAGAGGAAGAUGCGCUAAUGGAUUUAACCGAGUUGGAGAAAAAAAUUCGCUCAAAUGAAAAUUAUUACAAACAGUUAUCCGAAAAAUUAUAGGUCCUGGAACGACCAAGUUGUAAGUGGUUCUGCCAGUAGUGCAGUACUAUCAUCUUGGAGUGAUCAGAACUAAUUAGUACGUUCGUAUUUCACGAGAUUAUUUUUAUUUCCAUGUUUCUAUAAAGUUUUACAAGCUGGAACUUCCAGAGUGACGCGCUACACCGGAUUGAUAAUAACUGGAGGAAGUGAAGGGAUCUAUUUACAAUUUUAUGCUUCAUUCUUAAUGUCUCAAUUACAGUUAAUUAUUUUUCAACCAUGAAUUUGAUGCAUUAUUUGAAUGAAUUAAUAUUUCUGAGUUCAACGAGUUUUAAAUACCUACAACAAUGAAUAGGGAAAGACUGAAAUAAAGAUAUUCAUGAAAUAUAUAACACAACACUCAUGUACUCAAAAACCGAACAUCUUUUAAUACAUAUAUAUAGGUUGUAAAUACAUGUAUUAUGUAUUUAUUUAGUAGAAUAGAAAUUACUAAAAUUUAUUGUUUUGUUUGCGCUCAAAAUAAUUGUGUAUCUAUAAACGUAAUAAUUCUACAUUUAUGGACUUUUCCUCUGACACAUCCAUAUCAUCGCUAUUCUUAGAACAGAACAUAAUAAACAUUGACCAACUAA